AUGACCGAAGAUGAUAUAAAAACCGCAGAUGCUGCAAUUGAAGCUGGGCAAGAAGAAGAAGAGGAGGAAGAAGAUGAUUAUAUGAACAUGAUAAUCACGGAACCUACGAAACCGCGCGAAAAAGAAACAUAUAGCCAACGACGGGUGCGCAUGCAACGCGAAUCCGAGGCCCGGUCGCGCACGAAAUCGAAAGCUGAGAUUGCGGCUGAAGAAUCUGCUGCGCGCGAAGAAGCAUUGUCGAAAUCGAUGUUGGCGGCUCCCGAGAGUGCACAUAGUAAGGGAUUAAAGAUGAUGGCGAAGAUGGGGUUUACGCCGGGAGUGGCGCUGGGGGCGAAAGGGAAUGUGGGUGCGAGGUUGGAGCCGGUGGGGGUGAGUGUUAAGGAGGGGAAGGGGGGGAUUGGGUUGGAGGAGGAGAAGAAGAGGAGGUUUAGGGAGGGGGUGGAGAAAGAGGGGAAAAGGGUUAAGGUGGAGGAGGGGGAGUAUAGGGAGAGGGUUGGGAAGGAGAGGGAGGAGGGGAGGUUGGAAGGGAUUGUUGGGGCGGCGAUGAGGGUUGCGGAGAGGAUGGAUGGGGAGAGGGAGGAGGAAGAGGAAGAGUAUGCGAUUGAGAAUGGGAGUAGGGGAGCGGGGAAGACUGAAGAUGGAGUUAAACGCAAAAUUUCUACGAAACCGUUAAAGCAGAUCAACAUUUUAUGGAGAGGACUAGUUCGAAAACGCGAAGAAAAGGAAAGGGAUAGGAGGAUGAGAUAUGAUCUCCAACAAAGUCUAUCACGUUUGCCGACAUACGAUGAUGCGGAUGAAGACCAGGAUGAUAAGAGAGCACUCGGAAAGGACAAAAUACAGCAUACUAUCGUGGAGGAUUUAGAGGAAGAGGACCCUGAGCUGGAUGCUUUUAAUUUGCUGGAACCGGCCGAAAGAUUACAGAAGCUUGUUGAGCAUUUGAGGUCGCAGUACUAUUAUUGCUUCUUCUGCAAAUUUAAGUAUCCAGACGAUUCGAUGGAUGGCUGCCCAGGCCUAACGGAGGAGGAUCACGAUUGA